UCCAUGGGGGCUGCCGCCCAGCCGCCCCGGGCCCCGCCGCCCGGGCGUGUUUACAAUCGCGGCCCAGGCCCCGCGCCCCAGAGGGGGACGGGCGGAGGCCGGGUCAGUGCGUGGGGCCUCCGGGAAGGGCUCGGCGGGGGCGGUCGGCCUGCCUGCGGGUCCGCCCCGGGGUAUUUGGGGUGCGCGGUUGGCAGUCCCCCCCGUGGUGGGCAGAGGAAGGAGCGGGGCACAGGCGGGGUGCGGGCCGGCAGGCCUCUUUCGGCGCUGGCGGCUGCCUCCGUGCUCGGGGCUGUGGAGCGAAGGGCGGCUCGUCUGCCAGUUGCCGUGUCUGACCGCUGUCCCUCCCUUCCCGGCAGGUCUGCCAGCAUGAAUCUGUGUCUGAUCGCGCUCUGUCUCGGCUUGCGGCUGGCCUUCGGUGCUCCGAGGGCAGACCCCGAUCUGGACACUCACUGGCAGCUGUGGAAGUCGUGGCACGGCAAGAGCUACCAUGAGAGAGAGGAAAGUUGGAGGAGAGCGGUGUGGGAGAAGAAUCUGAAAAGGAUUGAACUCCAUAAUCUGGAUCACACAUUGGGAAAACACAGCUACAGGUUGGGAAUGAAUCAGUUUAGUGACAUGACAACUGAGGAGUUCAGACAGCUGAUGAAUGGCUACACACACAAGAAGUCUGAAAGGAAGUACAGAGGGUCCCAGUUUCUUGAGCCCAAUUUCCUGGAAGUGCCACGAUCAGUAGACUGGAGAGAGAAGGGAUAUGUAACUCCAGUUAAAGACCAGGGUCAGUGUGGCUCUUGCUGGGCUUUCAGCACAACAGGUGCUCUUGAAGGGCAGCACUUCAGAAAAACUGGCAAGCUUGUUUCACUGAGUGAACAGAAUCUGGUGGACUGCUCUCGGCCUGAAGGGAAUCAAGGCUGCAAUGGUGGUCUCAUGGACCAGGCUUUCCAGUAUGUGCAGGAUAAUGGUGGAAUUGAUUCAGAGGAAUCAUACCCAUACACUGCAAAGGAUGAUGAAGAAUGUCGCUACAAGGCAGAGUACAAUGCUGCUAAUGACACUGGCUUUGUUGACAUCCCUCAAGGACAUGAAAGAGCUCUCAUGAAAGCAGUAGCAGCUGUGGGUCCUGUGUCUGUUGCUAUUGAUGCAGGCCACUCUUCAUUCCAGUUCUAUCAGUCGGGUAUCUACUAUGAACCAGACUGCAGCAGUGAAGACCUGGACCAUGGUGUUCUGGUUGUAGGCUAUGGCUUUGAGGGAGAAGAUGUAGAUGGAAAGAAAUACUGGAUUGUUAAGAACAGCUGGGGUGAGAAGUGGGGUGACAAAGGAUAUAUCUACAUGGCCAAGGACAGGAAGAACCACUGUGGAAUAGCAACAGCUGCUAGCUAUCCGCUUGUUUAAUUUGAAGACCAAACAUUUCAGUACAAGAGGGGAUUCUAAACUGAAUGACCAAACCCAUGUUCACACAUGGAGUUAGACUUGUAUCCUUACAAAAUCAAUUUAAUUGUAAAACUUUCAAAGUAUGUUAUUACAUGUUGGUGACAUGCCAUUUGUCUUAAUUUAAUGUAAAUGUUGGUAUGUAUACAGCUUGUAAUAUUGCUGGCUUUUUACUGCUGAAUCUAAUAGAUUAUUUUCCUUUUAUAAAUUUUAAUGUGAAUAAAGUUUUACUUUCUAAAUAAACCCUUUUAAUGCCA